CUUCCGAGGUGAAGGUCACCAAUCCAAGAUGUCUGCCUCCAGUGGAAAGUCACCUCCACAGCAGCCCCCAAUUUCCAUCCGAUUCCUUUUUGGGGGGUCAGCUGGGAUGGCUGCUACUCUUUUUGUACAGCCUCUGGAUUUGGUCAAGAACCGGAUGCAGUUGAGUGGUGAGGGUGGUAAGACGAAAGAGUACAAGAACAGUUUACAAGCACUGAGGACAAUCUUCAGGAAUGAGGGAGUUACAGGAAUAUAUACAGGGCUAUCAGCUGGCCUCUUGCGACAAGCCACUUACACAACGACACGACUGGGAAUCUACACGACACUGUUCGCACACUUCUCCAAAGAUGGUGUAAACCCGUCAUUUGCGAUGAAGGGUAUGAUUGGCAUUGCAGCAGGGGGAAUCGGUGCCUUUGUGGGGACCCCUGCAGAAAUUGCUCUUAUCAGAAUGACAGCCGAUGGGAGAUUACCUGUAGACCAGAGGAGAGGCUACUCAAGUGUUUUUAACGCUCUGUACCGCAUCUCAACUGAGGAGGGGGUCCUCACCAUGUGGAGGGGUUGUUAUCCGACCGUGGCUCGAGCAAUGGUGGUCAAUGCUGUACAGCUAGCCACGUAUUCCCAGGCGAAGGAGUAUCUCCUCAGUACAGGGUACUUCAACGAAAACUUAUUCCUCCAUUUUGUGGCCAGCAUGUUCAGUGGAUUUUGUACAACCACUGCCUCGAUGCCGGUUGACAUCGCAAAAACCAGAAUCCAGAACAUGAGGACUAUAGAUGGAAAACCAGAAUAUAAGAACGCCUUGGAUGUAUGGGUGAAGACAAUAAGACAAGAGGGAUUCUUCAGUCUGUGGAAAGGAUUCACGCCCUACUACUUCCGUCUCGGUCCUCAUACAGUGCUCACCUUCAUCUUCCUCGAACAAAUGAACAAGGCGUAUUCCAAGUACGUACUAGGCAACACCUCUGGAGGUGGAGGACUGUGACGGGAUGGGGAAAUAAAGGAAACUCAUCAUGUGAUUUUACCAUAUUUAAGAUCUGUACACCACUUCCUAAGUUGUCUGUAGGAUAUCUGUGCCAUUCUGUUAUUCUUCAAUGUUUUUCUUUUUUAACUUUAAUUCUUGACACACAUUGAAUCUGCAGUUCAAAAUUUACAUUCAAAAUGUUGAGUUUGUGUUUUUAUUAACACUAUAAAGAGUUGAAUGUGUUUCAUUUAUGUGAAUUACACAACUCUUCAUCCGUGGAAUACGAUCACAUGGGCUCAUGAUCUAAUUACGUGAACUCCGUCCUUCUUUAGGACUAGAUUUUGCUGUAAUCUUGCAAGAUACAUGUAAUUGUUUAGUAUGGAAACAUUUGAUUAAUUUACCGCUCCAUAUCUAAACUUGAAUUGCCCAGUCUUUCAUUUGGUAAGGUUCAAAUAUGACUUUAGGGGUGUAUGAGUAUAUAUUUGAUUUAACUUUAGACCCGAUAUUAAGGCAUGAUUGUAAUAGUGACUGUUAACAAUUUAGUUAAAUUUUUUUAAUUUUCAUUUAUACAAGGCUCAAAAUAUCACUGAUAUGUAAAUUGGACGUCGGAGAAGAUCCAGGCUUGGAAAUAUAAAUAUCACUGAUAUGUAUAUCAAUACUAGGAUGAAAUAUGUUACUGAUGGUUCAAAAUUGGACGUCGGAGAAGAUCCAGGCUUGGCGAGUCCAAAUUAUAAAACCUAGGAGUGGAAAGUCCCUAUCCCAUGUCGAUAUAUUUUCCCAUAAUUUGACAGAUUUGUUCCCAAAUCAACAGGGGGCAUUAAGUAGCUAAUUAGCUAAUUAACGAAGUGGUUAUAGCCUACACAGGUAUUGGAAAAUACAAGGUCUUGGUGGUUAAAGUACUGUCACAUGGUGCUUUGAGUUGUGAUGUAAGGAUCCCCGUACCACUGCCAAAAAACUGUAACUAAGUAUUGGAAACCAUUUUUUCCAGCAUGACAAUGUCUUUGGUAAAUCGUUUCUGAAAAGAAAACCAAACCAACAACAUUUUCCGAGUGUAAAAACGAUACCGCGGGGUUAGACCUGGAUUCAAACAGAAUUUUAGACUGCUAAUGAGCUAGCUGGGUGACAGAAGUGUCUUGGCCCAAUGGUUCUACAAUUAUAUUCAAAUGGAUGUCAAGGGGAGGUUACUGUAUACAUGGGAAAAACCACAGUGCAGUGGGACAGGGAUCCUUAACCGAGUUCAUAUCAAAGAAAAAUAUACUCAGUAACUUGAUUUAAAGUGUACAGAUGUAUUCCCUGCUUUGUGUAUUUCAUAUUUUUGUUGAAAGUUUUACUGAUAUUGAUUUAUAUGUAAAUCUUUACAAUAAAUGUGGACAUUUAUAUGUCAGAAUACUAUUAGAAGUCUGCAAUUUAAAUAAAAUCCUGUUCUUUUAUUAAGUUAUAAUUACUGUGAAUUUUUUAUAUAUUAAUGCAGUAAAGCUUGUUAAACUUUGCAUUUUUUGGUCCUGGAAAUUAAAUUAUGCAGGUUUUGCUGAACACAUUCACCCCUGAAAUUUCAUAAUGAACUAUUCCAAUUCAACCUUUGAAUUGGAAGAGUUCAAUUGUGUCUUCAGGGGUAAAUGAGUAGGAUAAAUAAAAUGUGUAUUGUUCCAAUUGACAGGGUUCUACUGUACAACAUACUGCCAUUCUGUCAAUAUAUUUAGCAUAAUUACUACAAGUAACGCAUUAUGAUAUCUGUCGGUCUCUGCAAAUUAUCAAUAAGAUGUAAAAUGAAUGUAAUCUUGUAAAUCUUGUAAAUGUAUAGGGAAUGCAUCAUACCUUACAUCUCAUGCAUUAUGAAUUAAAACUAAUUUUGCUAUACCGGUAAGUAUCAAAUGACUAAUUGAUAUACUUGGCCACUUGGAUUACAUUUUUUGUCUAAAAUGUUAACGGAUAAAUUUAUAAAAGUGUUUCAGUGUUCCCUAUCUACAGAGGAUUAUUUUUGAGACAUUCUUUACAUUUAACUGUCAAAUAAUUCUUUCGAUUACUAUUAUGAGAUCAAUUGAGUAGCUAUAAAAUGGUGAUGUAUAGAUACAUGUGUGCAAAACCUAAAUCUACUCCACACAAUUUAUGUACCAGUGGCAAAACAGUUAAAUUAUUGAAACAUCUUGGUUUUCCUGGACAGUUUUGUAACUUGUACUUGAUAAGCAUUUGUUGGUGUUGAAAUACCACUGGGCUAUAUAUAUAGAUGCUUGGGUCAAAGGAAGAUGUUAUGUAUGAAAAUAUAUUUCACAGGAAACUUGUAGACCAUUCAGGUGUUGUGUGCACAUUCUUGGACUUGUAUACAAAUAAAACAUACCUGUACUUGUUAAACAAGAAAAUUUGCAAAGAUGUGAAGACCUAGAAAACAAAUACUCAAAGAUUUGUUGAAUAAGAAAAUGAAUUGGCAUCAAUAUUUGAACUUUUUUCCAAAAUUUACCAAGUAGAUUUGUUUUCUGUAUAAGCAGAAGGCAGCUACAUACCAGUCACUCCAUUUAUGAUUAUUUUUUUAUGACAACUGUUUCACCUUAUUCACCCCUGAAGACAUAUUUGAACUCUUCCAAUUCAAUGGUUGGAAUAGUUCAUCAUGAAAUUUCAGGGGUGAAUGUGUUGAGCGAAUCUUUAGUUGAUAUAAGUUUGUAAAUGUAACAUUACAAUAUACUAGAUCUUUACGUGGACAGUAUGAGAAAAAAUAUUAUUUUUUAUUGUUUUGUACAGAUAUGAUAGGAAUGUUAAAAACAUGAGAUUUUUUUCAGCCAGUCUGAACCACGUGUUUUCAAAUUUAGUUAUUUUCUGGUUUAUAGAACUAGCAAGUGUACAUUUGUUUAAAAAGGUCAUAAUAAAAGUGCUGUUUGGAAAAACAUCA